CAUGGCUACAUAAAGCCGGGUUAAUCAAAUAUGGGUCUUGAUUAUUACCAGUUACUGAAUAUACCUCGAAGUGCUGACCAUGCAGAGAUAUGCAAGGCUUACCGAAGAUUGGCUUUACACUACCAUCCUUGCUGCGCUCAACCUGGAGAAGACUUCAAUGAGUGCUUUUCGGCCAUCUCAGAAGCCUACGAUGUUCUGUCAGACUUAAAAAAGAAGGCAAUUUAUGACCGAUUUGGAGAAGAAGGUUUGAAAGGUGGUGCACCAAUCAAUUCAGAAUGGACGAAGCCCUAUGUAUAUCAUGGAGAUCCACACAAAACGUUCAUGUCUUUUUUUGGAACAGAUAAUCCUUUCAACCGAUUUCAGGAAGAAAUGGACUCACAAGUUGAACAUAAUUUCGGAGGUCUUAACGGUCGUGGUCGUCCUCAUCAAGACCCACCAAUUGAACGUGAAAUGUCUCUGACCCUCGAAGAAAUUUACAAUGGAUGUACUAAAAAGAUGAAGAUUUCCCGCCGAAUAAUGAAUGAAGACGGACACACAAGUAGCAUCAAGGAUAAAAUACUUUCAUUGACUGUUUUUCCUGGAUGGUAUGAAGGCACUCGUAUCACAUUCCCCAAGGAAGGUGAUCAAGGUCCAAAUACAAUUCCAGCUGACAUUGUAUUUAUUUUACGUGAUCAUCCACAUAAACAUUUUAAGCGUGAAGGAACUGACUUAAUAUUUACUUCAUCAGUGCCAUUGGCCAAGCUUUAUUAGGUUGUAUUGUAGAUGUCCCUACAUUAGACGGAAGAUUGUUACAUGUUCCAAUCACGGAAAUCAUUCAUCCCAACUAUGAAAAAGUAGUGCCAGGUGAAGGUAUGCCAUUACCUGAUAAUCCAGAGAAGAAAGGAGAUUUACGAAUUCGAUUCAAUAUUCAAUUUCCUAAAAAAUUAAGUGGCGAUCAAAAGUUAAGUAUUGAAAGAGCAUUUUUUGGAUAAUUUUACCGUUCUUGGACAAUACUAUUUUUAUCAUUUUGAAGUCAUAGUAGACACUCAUGGAUAUAUAUAUAUAUAU